ACUUAGCACGCAACCCCAACCCACUCCCCCAUCCCCUGUGCUGUUACAAAUCUUGCCACCGUUGUGUUGCAAAAGGCAUUGGUGGUUUGUGCCACAGCUGAACUACCUCGCAUGGAUUUCUGCUUUUCAUUCAAGAGCUAAAACUGCUGAUCGACGAGUGUCAGAAAGCAAAUGGAACAGAGUGAGACAUGAGGAGCCUAGUAUUUACCUGCAUUUAUGGAUGUAUCGUCGCCCUCGGUCUGCCUCUUAACGUUGUGUCGCUGUGGAUUCUCCUCCGUCACCAUGGGCGCAAGUCGCCCAGCGCCGUCUUCAUGGUUAACCUGGCGAUAUCAGACGUUCUGCUCAUCAUCUCUCUGACCGUGAAGGUCAUAUUUUACGCCUCAGAGAGCUGGAAUCCUGGAAACAUGUUGUGCGUCUGGUUCGUAAUGCUUUUUCGGAAUAACGUCCGCACAAGCUCCAUCUUCAUCACCUUCAUCAGCGUGGACCGGCUGCUGGCUGUGGUUUAUCCAUUGAGGUCCAGGCUAGUUCGAACAUCAGCUAACGCCGUAAAGGGUUCGGUUCUCGUUUGGUUGAUUGUAGUGCUGGUGAAUGUCCCAGAGAGUGUGGGCUUCCUGAGGACUAUUGAUAAUCAUACAUGUUUUGAUCCUGACUCAGUCAAUGGGACAAAUGACAUUCAUGAGGAAACGCUGGAACGCACAAUUGGUUAUUUUCAGCUUGUGCUACUAUUGACCAUGUUGGUGAUUAACAUUGUCUCUACAGCUAUGGUGUCCUGCACACUCCAAAGACAUCUAAGUGAGUCUGCAAAGGUCAACAACAAACUGAACGUUAUGCUGAUUUUUGUCAUGAACCUAAUGAUGUUCAUAGUUUUCUUCUUGCCGGUGUCUUUGGUGGUUUUCUUUCAUCACCUGCGUCCCGUUCUGAACUGCCUCGCGAGUGUGAACUGCUGCCUGGACCCUUUGUUGUAUUAUUUUUCUUUUGACGGGUUCUGGAAAAGGAAGGAGGAUGUCGAAACGUUUCUUGCAAGUCGUGGAACAUGAACAGACUGAGAAAAGUGGAGCGAUGUAGUAAUUAAUCACAGAUAAGGAGACAUUCUUAAGUCUUGCAAGAAAAAUAUCUGCUUUUCUUGUGUGUUGCUUUUUACAUCCUGUUAAAAA